AUGGCUUACAGUGCACCCAGCCGGGUCAACAUGGUGGACUACAUCGCGACUUUGAACACGGUGCCGGUCGAGGGGGAGAUACAGCCGGAUCCGACCUUCCUCGAAGACGACCUGGCCAUGUUCACGAACACCAAUUUCUUCGACUUUGAUCUGGGUCAGGACGCGGAUCUGCAGCCGGUGGACUACACCGUGGAUGGAAGGAGAGAUCAUACUAUUGCGCCAGACUCCGUGGAUAUGAAGCCGUUGGAAUUUUUGAAUGGAGGUGACUUCCACUUCCCCGACUUCAACUCUUUUCCCCCCACGACCUUCACCGACACAACUCUUCCCCCCGCUCCAAUCCAGACAAAUCUACACCUCUACACCUCCUCCCCGGAAGCCUCCUCCCCUCUAGCCCAACCCUUCCUUGCAAUCUCAACCCCCACCCGCACAUCCACCAAGCGCAAGUCCGAUUCCAUCUCGGCCGGCUCGCCCACAGAGAACAGCGAAGACGCCGCUCGUAACGCCGCGGAAGAGGACAAGCGCCGCCGCAACACGGCCGCCAGCGCCCGCUUCCGCGUCAAGAAGAAGCAGCGCGAGCAAGCCCUCGAGCAAUCCGCCAAGGCCAUGAGCGAUAAGGUGUCUGCUCUAGAAGGCCGCAUCAACCAGCUCGAGACGGAGAACAAGUGGCUAAAGAACUUGAUUACGGAGAAGAACGAUAGCAAAGAGGACAUCGCGACGUUGUGGAAGAAGUUCAGUGCUGGGAACGCCGAGAGGAUACAUCCUGAGCGCAAGGAUGGAGUGGGAACCCAGGCGUGA